AGUACUUUGUGAGCGGGCAGUGCUCGGAGAAGACGGACGUGUAUGCCUUCGGGGUCUUCCUGCUGGAGCUCGUGUCGGGCAAGGACGUCUUAUGUGCUGCUGUUAUGGCUGCGCUCCGCUCUCGCUCCCCCGCUCUCCUCCUCGUCAAGCUCGUGUCGGCAAGUGUCGCUGCUGCUGGUGGAGGGGAAGGCAGAUGUGCUGGUGUAUGCAGAGGUGAAGAAGCCCGAGGGGGCAGUGGACAUGAUUCCCCUCAACAUGUGUCGCGGCUGCUGGUGGAGGGGAAGGCAGACGUGCUGGUGGAUGCAGAGGUGAAGAAGGCCGAGGGGGCAGUGGACAUGGGGCAGGUGGAGAAGAUACUGCAGGUGGCGCUGCUGUGCCUCAAGAACGACCCGGCUGAACGGCCCACUAUGGAGGACGUGGCUAAGAUGGUGGCUGGGAGUGAGCUCACGGAGAAGUGGCAACAGUGGCAGGUGAGGGGCGUGGGGCGAGGGCUGUUUGAGGUGUGUUGUGGAAAGAGCUUGCUGUGUGCGAGGGAUGGGGAGGAAUGA